AUGGCGGAUCUCAGUCUGUCUGAUGAAGCUCAAUGGAGGGCAGCUCUAACUGAGCGAAAGAAAUUGCAAGCUAUUUGGAUGAAACAGUUAAAGGGAAAUUAUCCACCAAGUCGUGAACAGACUGGUACUACAAAAAAAUGUUCCAUCACUUGUUACAAUGGAGGGAGACCUAAUUUGAAUAACUGUUCAUCUUGUAUUUGUCCUCCUGGGUUUACAGGAUCUAACUGUGAGAUAUCUGAUAGAGAGGAUUGCUCAGAUAAGUGUUUGAAUGGCGGCACAUGUGUUAAUAUCUCAGGAAACUAUACUUGUUACAACUGUAUCUGUUCCAAUGGAUAUACUGGAGAAAAUUGUUCAGUAAACAUCAACGACUGUAACCCUAAUCCAUGUGAUAAUAACGGCACUUGUGUCGAUGGUAUAGCUGGUUACAACUGUAUCUGUUCCAAUGGAUAUACAGGAGAAAAUUGUUCAGUAAACAUCAACGACUGUAACCCUAAUCCAUGUGAUAAUAAUGGCACUUGUGUUGAUGGUAUAGCUGGUUACAACUGUAUCUGUUCCAAUGGAUAUACAGGAGAAAAUUGUUCAGUAAACAUCAACGACUGUAACCCUAAUCCAUGUGAUAAUAAUGGGACUUGUGUUGAUGGUAUAGCUGGUUACAACUGUAUCUGUUCCAAUGGAUAUACUGGAGAAAAUUGUUCAGUAAACAUCAACGACUGUAACCCUAAUCCAUGUGAUAAUAAUGGCACUUGUGUCGAUGGUAUAGCUGGUUACAACUGUAUCUGUUCCAAUGGAUAUACUGGAGAAAAUUGUUCUGUAAAUAUCAACGACUGUAACCCUAAUCCAUGUGAUAAUAAUGGCACUUGUGUUGAUGGUAUAGCUGGUUACAACUGUAUCUGUUCCAAUGGAUAUACUGGAGAAAAUUGUUCUGUAAAUAUCAAUGACUGUAACCCUAAUCCAUGUGAUAAUAAUGGGACUUGUGUUGAUGGUAUAGCUGGUUACAACUGUAUCUGUUCCAAUGGAUAUACUGGAGAAAAUUGUUCCUUAAAUAUCAAUGACUGUAGCCCUAAUCCAUGUGAUAAUAAUGGGACUUGUAUUGAUGGUAUAGCUGGUUACAACUGUAUCUGUUCCAAUGGAUAUACUGGAGAAAAUUGUUCCUUAAAUAUCAAUGACUGUAACCCUAAUCCAUGUGAUAAUAAUGGGACUUGUGUUGAUGGUAUAGCUGGUUACAACUGUAUCUGUUCCAAUGGAUAUACUGAGAAAAUUGUUUAG